AUGUAUUAUGUGUUCCUAAGUGGAUUAGGAAUGAAUUCAGACACCAUCUUAAGAUCAAGGAAGAAAGGUACAAGCAUAGCAAUUACCGGCAUUGUGACGCCAAUGUUAUUUGGUGUUGGAUUUCUAACUCUACAACAAAAACUUAUAGAUAAGAAUGAUGUUUUCGCACAAACACCAAAAGAAAAUCAAGGCAAAGCAUAUUUAUUUUGGUGUUUAGCACUUUUUGUAACAUGUUUCCAUGUCCUUGCAAGAAUCUUAGCUAAUCUUAAACUUUUAUAUACAAAACUUGGAAAAGAUGCAUUGACAACAACUAUGUUAACCGAUGCAUAUGGUUGGGUUAUGCUCACCUUGUUGAGUCCUUAUUCGACUAGAGGUGGAAAGCCUUAUCUCUUAGUAAUCUCUACUUUGAUGUUCAUAGUUUUUUGCUUUGCUGUGGUGAGACCUAUCCUUACUCCAAUCAUUAAACAUAUAACAAGUAUGAACAUGUGGCGAAAAUCACACCUAUCAGACGUGUUGACGGGAGUGUUUAUUUGUUCCUACAUUAUAGAUUCUCUCGGUACACAUCCUAUUGUUGGAGCUUUUGUGUUUGGAUUAAUUUUGCCUCAUGGAAAGUUUGCUGAUAUGGUUUUAGAAUUGUCGACCGAUUUUGUUUUUGGGAUUCUGUGUCCUGUUUACUUUGCUGGAUUUGGUUUUAGACUCUACUUUCCUUUCCUUUGGAAGCAAAAGAAUGCAGGUUUAAUGUUGUUGAUUAUGCUUUUGUUAUGCAUACCUAAAGUUUUGAGCUUUGUGAUUGUCACUUUCUUCUUCGGUAUGCCUGCCCGAGAUGGAGUUGCCAUUGGAUUGCUUCUCAACACCAAGGAUUUUGGAUCCAUAUACUUUCAUGGUUAUGAUGCUUGCUAUUAUAGUAACGUCUGUAAUGGUUUCUCCCUUGAUCAAUGCAAUAUACAAACCAAAAUUCCGAUUCAUGCAAUCGCAAUUAAGGAUCGUGCAAAAACUGAGGUUCGAUGUGGAGCUUCGAAUCGUCGCUUGUGUCCACAAUGCUAA